GGUUCCGGGCCGCGCGGCGCCAUGGCCUCGCUGUGGCGGCUGAAGCGGUUCGAUGCCUUCCCCAAGCCCCUGGAAGACUUUCGGGUCAAGACGUGCGGGGGCGCGCUGGAGCUGGGGAAAGAAGAAGUGUUUGAUCCAAACUCUUUGGAUGCUGAUGGCUGCGAGAGCUGUUGUGCGGAGUCAGAGGACGUUCGGUGUUGUAAUAGUUGUGGCGAUGCCAGAGAAGCAUCCAGGCGGCGAGGCUGGGCCUUCAAGAACCCGGAUAGCAUAGAGCAGCGCAAGAGGGAAGGGUUUAGCCAGAAAAUGCAAGAGCAGAAGAAGGAGGGCUGCCAAGUGUAUGGUUUCCUAGAGGUCAGCAAGGUAGCUGGAAAUUUUCAGUUUGCCCCAGGGAAAAGUUUCCAACAGUCUCGUGUACAUGGUAUUUUCUUUUGCUGUUUAUUGUGGCCUUGAGCUUCCAAGUGUACCUGACCAUUUUCUUUUAGUAUCUUUGCAUUGU